AUGAAAGCAGGAAACUUCUCAGACACUCCAGAAUUCCUUCUCUUGGGAUUGUCAGGGGAUCAGGAGCUGCAGCCCAUCCUCUUCAUGCUGCUCCUGUCCAUGUACCUGGCCACAUUGCUGGGGAACCUGGUCAUCAUCCUGGCUGUCAACUCUGACUCCCACCUCCACACCCCCAUGUACUUCUUCCUCUGCAUCUUGUCCUUGGUCGACAUCUGUUUCACCUCCACCAUGAUGCCCAAGAUGCUGGUGAACAUCCAGGCACAGACUCAAUCCAUCAGUUACACAGGCUGCCUCACCCAAAUCUGCUUUGUCCUGGUUUUUGUUGGAUUGGAAAAUGGAAUUCUGGUCAUGAUGGCCUAUGAUCGAUUUGUGGCCAUCUGUCACCCACUGAGGUACAAUGUCAUCAUGAACCCCAAGCUCCGUGGGCUACUGCUUCUGCUGUCCUUCAUUAGUGUCCUGGACGCUCUGCUGCACAUGUUGAUGGUGCUACGGCUGACCUUCUGCACAGACCUGGAAAUUCCCCACUUUUUCUGUGAACUAGCUCUUAUUCUCAAGCUCGCCUGUUCUGAUGUCCUCAUCAAUAACAUCCUGGUGUAUUUGGUGACCAGCCUGUUAGGUGGUGUUCCUCUCUCUGGGAUCAUUUUCUCUUACACACGAAUUGUCUCCUCUGUCAUGAAAAUUCCAUCAGCUCGUGGAAAGUAUAAAGCUUUUUCCAUCUGCGGGUCACAUUGUUCCUUGUUCUAUGGAACAGGGUUUGGGGUGUACCUUAGUUCUGGGGCUACCCACUCCUCCAGGAAGGGUGCAAUAGCAUCAGUAAUGUAUACCGUGGUCACCCCCAUGCUGAACCCAUUCAUCUACAGCCUGAGAAACAAGGAUGUGUUGAAGGCUUUGAGGAAACUAAUAUCUAGGAUACCAUCUUUCCGUUGA